AUGGCCCAGCCCAGAGCCUGUCAGGAGCAGGAGGAUGGUUUGCGUGAAGUGGUUCUGUCUAUCCAGAGGCUGCGUGUGCUGCCUCCAGCAGUCCUGAACAACCCCAGGCUGGAAAUCCUUGACCUCGACAGGAACAAGCUCAGGAACGUCACUGGCAUUUCUAAGCUUUGCAACCUGAAGAAGCUGAUACUGUCCAAGAAUGAGAUUGUGGACUUUCCCAGUGAAAUCCAGAGCCUGGUCUGUUUAGAGAGGCUUGAGCUGAAUCAGAACCAAAUCAGAGUCAUCCCAGAGGGGGUUUUCUCUCAUCUCUCUAGGCUUAAACACCUGCGGCUGAACAACAACCACCUCGGUGCCCUCCCCAGGGACCUGGCAGCUUGUCGAGGCAGCCUCCAGUACCUCAACAUCUCCAACAACUUGUUCCGGACCUUCCCCCAGCCGGUCCUGCAGCUGGCACAGCUACAGGAGCUACAUGUGCAGAAUAAUGCCCUUCGCCAGCUCCCCAAGGAGCUCUUCCAGGGGCAAUCCCUGAAAACAUUCAAGGCCAAUGGGAACCCUCUCCGGGAGCCGCCCAGUGAAGUGUGCGCUGGGGGCAUCCGGCAGAUCCGGAAUUACUUCAACCAGCUCCAGAGUGGUGCGGGGCAGGAGGACAAGAGGGUCAAGACCAUGUUCCUGGGGGCCUCGCUGGCAGGGAAGUCUACCAUCUGCAAAAGCCUGAAGCAAGGGCAAACCAAACUGGUGCCCAAGGAAGAGCGAACAGUUGGGAUAGAGAUCAGCGAGUUCAGGAUUGAGGACUUCACGUUUCUCUUCUGGGAUUUCGCUGGUCAGCUGGAGUACUACAUGACUCACCACGUGUUCAUCACCCCCCAGGCACUUGUCAUCCUUGUCAUCAAUCUGCACAUGUACCAAACUAAUGACAAGACUUUCAAAGAGCUUGUCGGUUUCUGGAUCAACAAUCUGUCCAUGCGAGUCCCAAACUCAGUGGUGCUUCCUGUGGGAACGCAUGUGGAUUGCUGCCAGGAGGAGGAGGUGGAGGAGAAGAGGCGAGACAUCAUGGCCAAGAUAACAGCCAUGAUGGCAGAGAGAAAAAGCAACCUUGCUCACUUCAUCGACAACCUGGAGGGCAGCGAGGAGCCUGAGUUUUACGUGGACCAGUGGGAGAGGCUGAAGGAGAUGGAGAGCUGCACGUUGACCAUCUUAAACGUAGUUGCUGUCAACUGCACGGAUCACCAUGACAUCAAAAAACUUGAGGCUGCUAUUCUGAAGCAUGUGAAGAACGAGGAACUCUUCCCCGAGGUCACUCGAGUGCUGCCCCCCGUCUACAGGCAGGUGGAAGGAGCCAUCGUGGAUAUCGCACAGAGCGAGGAGAUGGCAGGCCAUGGCAUGAUGGACCUGCAGUACCUACUCAGCAAACUCUCCCAGCAUGAGCACCUGUCCAACCUGGGCAGAGAGCUUCUCCAGGACAUCUUGCGGUACCUGCACCGCGUCGGGCUUGUUGUGUGGUAUGAGGAAAUCGAGCACCUGGAAAGCACUGUUUUUCUCCAGCCUACCUUCCUGAUAACUAUGUUCAAGCUCCUUGUGAGGUACCGCCUUGUCCAGCAGCUCGAGAGCAUCUCUGUGGACACAUUGAUUGGGGAGCAUGCCACUAUCAGGGACAGGUCCAACUGGGUGUGGACCUUCAAGUCAAAGGCAAUGCUGUGCCACCAGGCCGUGCGUGCGUUGGUGAAGCACCAGCUCUGUUUGGAAGGGAUGCAGGACAUGUUUGAGGAAAUCAUGGGGCACAGGCCCCACAGAGGGAGAGGGAAGCUCUUCAGCCUCCUGGAGCACUUUGAGCUCUGCCUGGAGGUGAGGCAAGCCGAAGCGCUCAACCCACAGGCCAGUGAGUUUGUGCCCGGAAAGCCAUGGGAGACAAAACGGGGCCAAGGCGAUUCCUGGUAUUUGUUCCCAACCUAUCUGAACCAGACUGAAGAGGUGUCUGAGGUGUGGGGAGGAGAUCACCCUGAGGACCUCCACAUCCGCGGCUACUUCUCACCUGAGAUACCUGAGGGUUUCUUCCAGCGGUUCCUGGUGAAAACUUGCUCCUUCUACUCCACACACUGGGUGGCCAAAGCGACCUGCCUGCUCAUAUGUAAUGGCAAACCUCUGCUGAUCAAAGAGAAUAACCAGAGGGCCUACAGCUACCUGGAGCUCCGGUGCAGAAAGCCAUCAGAAAGGACAGGUUUCCGGUUUGCCUGGGACUUCCUCCUGGCAGUUGUGUUCAUCAUCCACAAGCUCGCUGAGGCCUGGCCGGGGCUGCACGUGUGCGUGAAGACCCCCUGCCGAACAGCCGGCUGUCCUGCAGAGCUCAUCUGGCCAGACGUGGAUGGUGCAAAUGCCACGUACGUGUGCGUCGAGGGCUAG